AGCAGGGCUCCCCACGCCACCGGGUCAACGGCACCAGCUGGGGAAAGAGGAGGCUUGAUGGGCACAUGGGCAGGCACAACGCCACGGGUGACAGGCACAAAUGGAAGGCCUGAUGCCAUAGGCAAUGGACAUUUGGGGCAGGCACAACGCCACGGGUGACGGGCACACAGGGGGGGAUGUUCGGCUUCGCCUCUUCCUACGGCGACCACAUGGUGCUGCAGAGGGAGCCGGCGGGGGCCGUGCUGUGGGGCCACGGGGAGCCGGGGGCUGUGGUGACCGUGACUCUCUCGGGGGCCGGGGGCCUCGUCAUCAUGAAGAAAACAGCACCGGUUAAAGGACCUUCUGGGACAUGGACAGCUGUCCUGGACCCCAUGGAUCAGGGUGGUCCCUACACACUGAUAGCCGAGCAGGGCUCAGAGAAUGUGACACUGUGGGACAUCUACUUUGGGGACGUGUGGCUUUGCAGUGGGCAGAGCAACAUGGCAAUGACAGUGCUGCAGGUGGCCAAUGCCAGCCAGGAACUUGCCUCCGUCGCUCACUAUCCCUAUGUCCGUGUCUUUGCCGUGGCGCCUGCCCGCUCUGACGUGGAGCUGGAGGACCUGGAGCAGAUUGCCUUGCCAUGGUCCAUUCCCACGGCCAAAAACCUGGGCCACGGGAAUUUCACCUACUUCUCGGCCGUGUGCUGGCUGUUGGGGCGCUCCCUGUACGAGGCUCUGGGGAUCCCUGUCGGGCUGGUGGAGGCGGCCUGGGGGGGGACCCCCAUCGAGGCCUGGUCCUCCCGCCAGGCUCUGCAGGCAUGCGGGCUCCCGGAGGACACGGGGAGCACCUCCCCACACCAGCAUCUUUCCGGCCCGCAAACACCGUCCGUGCUCUGGAACGCCAUGAUCCACCCGCUGCUCCACAUGGCCCUGCGGGGCAUCGCUUGGUACCAGGGUGAGGCCAACGCCUUCCUGCACACGGACUGGUACAACUGCACCUUCCCCGCGCUCAUCGCCGACUGGCGCCGCGCUUUCCAUGCCGGAUCAGCCGGACAGACGGAGCCGCUCCUCCCCUUCGGCUUCGUGCAGCUGUCCACCUACCGCCGUGAGAGCCCCGAUGACAGCUUUGCCCGGCUCCGCUGGCACCAAACAGCCGACCUGGGGGUUGUUCCCAACGCCAGGAUGCCCGGCACCUUCAUGGCCGUAGCCAUGGAUCUGGGUGAUGAGCGCUCUCCCUACGGCAGCAUCCACCCCCGGGACAAGCAGAAUGUGGCACACCGGCUGCUGCUGGGUGCCAGGGCUGUGGCAUAUGGGGACAAAGACGUGGUUUUCCAGGGGCCGUAUCCUACCCAGGCCAUCCUGGAGGUGACCAGGGGGCUGCUGAAUGUCACCUACAGCCAGGAGCUCGUCUGCCGUCAGAGGGACGCGCAGGCAUUCGAGGUUUGCUGCUCCAGCAAGGUGUCCCCGUGCCAGUGGCUGCCGGCACCGGUGGUAGCGGUGGGGUCCCGCAUGGUGACGCUGGCCCUGGGUGGCUGUGGGACGCUGGUGCUGGGCCUGCGCUACGCCUGGGCCGAGUGGCCCUGUGAGUACCAGUCCUGCCCCCUAUACAACCCCCAGGGGCUGCCCGCACCCCCCUUCCUGCUGGACACCCUCCCCACAGGCAGCACCGACGGAGGGAGGGAGCUGCUUCUCCUCCCUGGCUCCAGAUUUUCUUGAGGGAUUUAGGGGAGAGGAGGGAACUCAGGCUUCUGGGUCCCUCUCCAAUCCUGGGAGGCAGCAGGCUCGAUUACUGUCCUACUAAUUAAACAACUUUCCAGCUCCUCUUUGGCUUCAAGCCAAGGCUGCAGGGGGGAAAAAAUAAGCCAAUUUACAAUUAAAUUUAUGAGAAAUGAUUUUAAGAGAAGUAGUAGGACACACCAAUGGGAGCUGCUUCUCACUGCUUCUCCCCCUGCCCGUGGAGCUGGUCCUGGUUCCCCAGGAGGCUGGUUCUGGCUCCCCAGGACACCCCAUUUCUCAGGGCAUGGACUGCUCACCCCCAUGACAGGGUGCUUGUGGGAUCCAGGGAUCAGCUUCCAGCUGCAGGGUAGAGCAGGGAGAGAGGAGCUCUGCCAAAAACCCACAGCCAAAGGCUAAGGCUGGGCUGGGACAGGGAGCUGUGAAGGGUGUGAGUGCCUUCCACCUCCCUCUGUUAAUAAACAAUAAAUAGUAAAUAAACCA